AUGCAACCUUUUUCUGUUGUAGACGAUAUUUCAUUUCGUGAUCUUUUGAACAAGUUUGAUCCCUUAUUUGUAAUUCCAAAGCGUCAAGCAAUAUAUGACAAAAUAAUUGACAUGUUUACAACACAACGGCCUAAUAUUAAUUUAAUAAUUAAUGAUAUUUCAAGAAAGGUUUCAAUUACAACGGAUCUUUGGGCUAAUCUAAAAAUGGAAUCUACAAAAGAAUUAUCAUAUCAAAAUUAUCCUACUAUUGCCUAUGCACGCAUAAUUUUACUUAGUAUCUGUUCAGAUUUAGAAACUUAUAGUAAUGAAAAUAGUUUACUAAAAGAAGUUGCUCUUUCUAUUUAUAAUAAAUUGCAGGUUUAUUGGGAGUAUAUUGAUGAAAUUUCACAUGUAGCUGCGUUUUUAGAUCCAUGUUAUAAGAGAUAUUGUUUUCUGGGAAAAACAGUUAAGGAAAUUCUUAAUCCAAUUCAGCGUAGGCUUCCUGCAACAAAUUUAAAUAUAACACCUGUUCCAAAAAUGUCAAUAUUUGUAACCCGAUUAACUCAACAUUCAGUAAAUUAUUCAACACAAGUAGAUGAAAUACAACGUUACUGGAAUUUACCUCCAUAUGAUAAUA